UUGAAUUAUAUAUGAAAUAGAAAAUAUAUUUUGUAUAUUUAAGUGAUUAUGUUAGGGAGGUUUUUUGGAAUUGAAUAUAAGUCUCAAGAAUCAUCUUUGAAUAAAUAUUUAGGAAAAAGGUCAGAUAUAUAUGAGGAUGUAUCAAGGAAAUCUACGGGAAUAUCUAUGGGAUUAAGAUGUUCUUUUUAUUUUUUAGAAUUUAAGGAAAAUAUGAAGUUGGUUAAAAAGAUGUUUUCUGGACUCAAAGAUUUAGUUUUUUUUAAGUACACUUUAAAGAGUAAAAUUAUCUCUAGCUCAGAACCAUAUGAAUCAAUUGAGUCUUCUGAAACUAAAUCUCUUGUAUUAUUAGGUUUUUCGAAUCCAUUGACUAGACGUCACGUAGAAAAUACAUUUCUUUUUAAAGAUGUUGAUAAAAGUAAGCUUGAAAAUGAUUCAAAGGCUGAUUCAAAUGAUUUUUCUGGUUAUUUUUCAAAAAGGGCUUUGGAUUUUUUGGAUUUAGAUGAUAAAAAUGCGACGAAAACUAAUGUAGCAGAAAUGACGAAAACUAAUGUAGCAGAAAUGACGAAAACAUUAGAUUUAUCAUCAAACAUUACAUUUACUACGAAAACACGAGAACCGACUACUACUAAAGGCACUUUUACAACAAUUCUUUCAGAAACUACUGAAGUUAGUACUUCUACUAUUAAAUUGUCUGCGCAACGUUCUCAUGCUCGUUCUAAUGAUAAUUUGUAUAUGAUUCUAGGAAUUUCUUCUAUAGCCAUUUUGAUUAUUAUUGUUAUUGUUUUUUUGGUUAUUUAUGGUGUACGUCGUUCGCUGAAGAAACAAGAGAUGAUUGAGGAUAUGGUUUAUGAGAAUGAAAUGAGUGCUCAUGCAAAAUUGAUGGAGGCUGCAUCAACACCUGUUUCAGAAAAGACGAGUUCAACACCAACUUCUAUUUCUCUAUCAGCGCCUAUUUUGGGUUCUCGGAAUUCGAAUGACCUAUAUUCAAGGAGGGGUACUUAUUUUGAUUCUAAUGGAAUAUAUGGUUCCAAGAAUGGUGAGAAGCAGGAUGAACAGACUCUUCAUAAUUCGUCUUUAAAAUAUUAUGGCAUGUCGCAAUCGACAAAUAAUUGCCCAACUUCCUCACGUACAAGAAAUUCUUCAUAUUAUAAUCCUUCAGGACAGCCGACGCGAUCACUUUCUUUGUCAUCUAGAUCGAAGGAUUACUUUGGAGCGCAUAGUCAUUCAUCAAAUGUUACUUCUACAUAUGAUGAUUCUUUUCAAAAGGAUCGAGUGCGAUUAACAUCUUGUAAUAAUGAUAUGAAUGGGUCUAGUUUUGGAAAAGCUUCGUCAAAUCAUCUGAGGACUCCAAAUUCUGUAUAUUUGUCAGGAGAUCAAAACAGAGGAUAUCCUGCUUCCUCACAAAUUAGAGCAGGACCUCUUGACUCUCGUGGAAUUAAUAGGUUUUUAAGCCAAGAAAGUUUGCGUAGUUCUCGUGCACAUUUUGCUACUCAGCCAAAUACAUUGAAUUAUAAAAAUUCUUUUAAAACCUUGGGAACAAAUUUCCAGAUGGAAUCUUCUAAUUUUGAUACACCAAAUUCACAUUUAUCUGAAUUAUCAAAUAAUGUAUCAUCACCCUUAUUUACUUAUAAAGACUCUCUAGGAAGCUCAUCGUGCUAUGAUUCUAGUUUUACAAAUGAACGCAUGACUCCAAAAUCUUUUUUUUCAAGAGAAAAUAUGAAAAAUGAGUCUUAUACUCCUAAUUCGAGUUUUGAGAAAAUGUUUCCUAAAAACACAAAUAAACAUUCUCCAAAUAAAGAUUACAUGCGUACACCUAGUGUUUAUGCUUCGGUUGGCAUAUGGGCUGAGAAAAAAAGGAAAUUAUUAGACCUAACAAGUAAUUUGAAUGAAUCUUCAAGUAACCGCUUUUACGAAGGUAUGAAUACACGUCAGGGCCAUAACAUUAAUAAAAAGUAAACAUCAUCAUUAUUAUUAAUGAUUAUAAUAAUGAGAAUAAUUUACAUAUAUUGAUGAUUUACCA